CGAAUGCAUUGAAGUGCUCGAGAUUUUUGUCUUCGCUGAAGACCAAGGCUUUAGGAUCGUACUCGAAGCUGCAACAGGAUAUUUUCAAAUCAUUGCUGAACAGGCGAUGAAUGAGCAAUAAAAUAACACUGCGCUGCUGACUGGUGGAACAGCACGAUUUAUCACUAGUUUUUCCGCAAGUGGAACUUGGUAGUGCACGACUGGCUGUACACAUGCACUUACAAGGAUAUGUACGAGAUCGUGGUACCAUACAACCGAACGCUGGCAGCUACCGUUGUAUUCGUCACUUCCGCCGUCAUUCAUAAAAUUCACAGCAGCAGAUAUUAUUAAGUAUUGCUCAUAUAGAGCAACCAGAGAAGUUUCAGACUAAACCAACAAUUACUAUAGAAGAACUCACAGAUUUUGCGGGAGGACAAGUAUAGACCGAAAAAAUAAGAAGAUUAAAUCGUAACAAACUAUCUCUAUUCACAGCAUCUGUGAUGGAUCUUGUUUUCACAGAUAAGGAAAUGGGAAAUUAUACGAGUAGUAUGACUGGAAUACGAGCAAUUUUCCUCGAGAAAAAUUGAAACUUUUUUAACUUUAACAUUUGUCUGUAUAUUGAUUAUUAUAAAUACAAAUUUUAAUAUUUUCUUAUUCUCAAAAAGCAUUUUUGGUUUUAGUAAAAAUUAUUUUUAAUUUCCACAGAAUACAUUUUAAAAGAAUUUGAUUAUCCUACAGAAGGGCCAUUAAACAAGGUUGCAAUAGCAGAAAUUUUCAAAGCAAUGAAAAGACUUUCUAACCGGGACUAUCAUCUUAUGGGGAUUCCAGUCAAAACACGAGGCUAAUGUGUUGCGCAACACGAGUUGCUCAAUAAAUCGAUCAUAGGCGGGAGAUACGCAAUAUAUAAAGCCGAGAUAGACCACUGCGCAUUCAAUAAAGUUUUCGUAGUCGCGCGAUCACGAACGAGAUAGGUAACGACACUAUGGCCAACGAAGACGUAUCCAUGGAUAUUCUACGUGAGCCGACCACCGAUGCAAUGCAAAGAACAAUACAAAAAAACAAUGACGAUCCGAUGUCCGACGUUCUGCAGAGGAUAGAGGCACCUUCGUUGUCGAACGACGAAUUCUUGCACAGCACGAACAAAAGGGAAUCCAGCAAAAAAGAUGGAUUGUCGGAUAAGGAAAUAUUCUCGGUCGUGUGCGACAUUAUAGAAUAUGGAACGAUUCACCACGGUAUCAAUGCGUUACGAGUUGGUUUUGCAAAGUUUCCAACAUGCAUCUAUAUUUGGUUAUCCAUGCAAACUUCGACGCUCUGUGUCUACGUGGCCUUCACCCUCUCGUGCGUGACACCAAUUGUGGCUUCUUCAAUUGAAUUUAUGACUGUAGUACGAUCCGUAAAUGUUGGAUCCGUAAAUCUUUUCCGAAGAACUCACGUUCUAAAUUCAUAUGAAAGUGGGAUGGCAAAAAUAAAGUUAGCUGAAAAGUUUUCGGACAUCGACUCUUCUGACGUCGACGAUACUCGUAAAAAAGAACGUCGUAAAACGACAUCAAUUUGCGUUUCUAACGAAAGCGAUAAUGAUAGUCAACAUGCGUUACAUCCCCCGCCAAAGAAACCAAUUUCAGAAACGUCCAUAAAUUCCAACAAUAAUAAUGUACCAAUGGAGGAUUCACCUUUAGGUGAUGCUGCUAAACAAAUACACAGUAAUGAUAGUACAUCUGGGCAGAAUGUUUCGUAAAAGUAUUUCACUGAAACAAAUGUGUCGAAAGACAAUAAUGCAAUUCUUUUGACAGACAUCGAUUUAAAACAAGAAUUACUACGUAGAUGUAAUGAAAUGGAUGCUAAGUUAGAUCGCAUUGAUGGGAGAUUGAAUAGUCUUGAAGGAAAACUGGAGAAUAGUCAUAAAUAUGAGAAGUAUUUAUGUUAAUAUAAUAGAAAAUAUAUCCUUUCCUUUAAAAAUCAAGGAAGAUCUGGACAAGUUAGAACUAAACCUUCGAGAAGCCGACUUUUUCAAAGACAUGCUCCUAUGAAGUUAUCAGUACGAAUUAUCUACUUGAAAUUUGAAUAUACGGGGAUGUGGACUCGAAAUCGUGACCUGCUAUUUAUAAUGCUCACACGGAGCUGUACGAUAUCUUGAUAUUUAUUUGUAAUUCGGAAUAAAAAUUGUGUUAUUUAAUAUCA